AUGAAUGAUACAUUAGAACCCUCGAACCCAAAAUAUUUGGAAGAAAAACAUCCAUUUGGUGUUAUUCCAGUAUUGACCGACGACGAUUUUCAAAUCUAUGAAUCGCGUGCCAUCUGUCGUUAUUUGGAAUCGAAAUAUAAAGGCAGUGGUGCUGAACUGAUUCCAACAGACAUCAAAGCACUAGGGCUCUUCGAACAAGCUGCAUCUAUCGAAGCAUUCAACUUUGAUCCCUAUGCAAGUGGAAUUAUAUUCGAGAGGGUUUUUAAGAAGUACGUAGUUUUUACUUUGGCCGAUUUAUUUCAUUUGCCAUACGGUUCACUUCUUGUUGCAAAUGGUGAAGGUCACUUUUUCGAAUCACGGCCCUAUGUGAAAGCAUGGUGGAAUCGAAUAACAUUACGACCAUCGUGGAUAGCUGUGAAAGAUUUGGAAUAA